AAUCGCUCAUUGCCUUUUACCAAUCGCGGACAUUGGGAUACAUUCAUUUAAGACUGAAAACCAGACAUGUCCGGUGUCCUGCGUGGAAUCGCUACAGCCCGCUCGGCUCUGGCCUUGCGUGGACCUACUAUUACUCAGCGCGCCACCCUGUUCACGAGACCGGCUAAGCAGCCCCUCGGCUCAUUCGAGACGGUGAUGGGCCUGGCGAUGUUUUCCCUGGCCAUCCUGGGGCCUUCGGGUUGGAUCCUGGCCCACAUAGAAUCCUACAAGAAGAAAGAAUGAGAACUUACGUUUUACCCGACCUGCAGCCGCACACAGACUUGACGUCUUAACUGUCAUUCCCUAUUUGGGACCAUCACCCCAUUCAGCUUCCGGACUCCCAGUGGAACAAAUCUUAAUUUCCCCCUUUAGCCAUCUAGCUACCUCUCCAUCAACUGUUUACUUAUCCCUGGUCCAUUCUAUGAAACCUCAACUGUGGAUAUACAGAUGAUCACUAAGUUCUUAGCUGUGUGGUGAGCAUUCUGUUCCCUCUGUUACAAUAAAAACGUUUUUAAAACUUUA